AUGGCGAUUGCUUUGGCUGAGGCGGACAAGUAUGAAAUCUUGGAAAAGAUUGGUUGCGGUUCCUUUGGGAUCAUCCGCAAGGUGAAGCGGAAGACAGAUGGAUUCAUUCUAUGCCGCAAAGAGAUCAACUACAUCAAGAUGUCCCAAAAAGAACGAGAACAACUCACCGCCGAGUUCAACAUCCUGAGCUCCCUCCGACACCCGAACAUCGUCGCUUACUACCACCGCGAACACCUCAAGGCUAGCCAGGACUUGUAUCUGUACAUGGAAUACUGCGGCGGUGGAGAUCUGAGCAUGGUCAUCAAGAACCUUAAGAAGGUCAACAAAUAUGCGGAGGAGGAGUUCGUUUGGCGUAUCCUAUCCCAACUGGUGACCGCCCUUUUCCGCUGCCAUUACGGCCACGACCCCGCCGAGGUUGGAUCAAAUAUUCUGGGACAACAGGCCAAGGCAUCCGGUCUGAAGGGAAAGCAGGGACAGGUUACCAUUCUUCACCGAGACCUGAAGCCCGAGAACAUCUUCCUUGGAUGUGACAACACUGUCAAGCUGGGCGAUUUUGGUCUUUCCAAGCAGAUGCAGUCCCAUGACUUUGCCUCCACAUAUGUCGGUACUCCCUUUUACAUGUCCCCAGAGAUUUGUGCCGCCGAGAAGUACACUCUUCGCCCCCCCUUCAACGCCAGAACCCACAUCCAGCUGGUCCAGAAGAUCCGCGAGGGCAAAUUCGACGCUCUCCCUGAUUGCUACUCCCCGGAGUUGAAGAAUGUCAUUGGAAGCUGCUUGCGAGUCAACCCCGACCACCGCCCCGACACUGCCGCGCUGAUCAACCUCCCCAUCAUCCGUCUCAUGCGGAAGGAGAAGGAGGUCGUAGAUCUUGGUAAGAUUCUCCGACGCCGCGAGGAUGUUGCCGUUCAGAAGGUUCGCGAGAUGGAGCAAACCCUCGCCAAAGCAGAGAAGGAGAAGCAACAACUGAAGACUGAGAUCGAAAGCACCGUGCGACGAGAGUGGGAGGUGAAGGCACGUUUGGAGAUCGACCGACAGGUUCAAAAUGAAUUGGAUCGCCUCCGCAAACGAUUCGAAAGCGAGGUCCAAGAGCGAGUUUCCAUAGAAGUUGAAAAGGAAAAGCAGAAGCAAAAGAGUAACAGCAACUCUCGCGAAGAAGCCUUCCGCGCAAGCCUCCGUCGUUCAGGCUCUCGAUCCUCUUCUCGGGCCAGCGGCCAAACCUCACGUUCAUCCACGACCGAUGAUGCUGGUACACCCCCCAGCACCGACAUCAGCCAACUUUCGCUGGGAUCACCUACGUCCAACACCAAGAAGCAGAAACGAGAGACUCGCACUCCUUUAUGUCGCUCAAAAACGACCGUGGUGGAUUCUCCACAGGAUGUUCAGAUGGCCGAGCCUUCUCCCAUCUCCAUCGCUUCCCUUUCUUUGUCGCCACGCCGUACAUCCGCGACUGCAGGUUCUCGAAACAUCUUCGCUGAAGCCGAGCGCCAAAAGGCGAAAUGGGAACCGACCCUAGCCUACUCGGAUGACGAAGACGACACACCCGACCUCCCAUCACCUACCCGUCCCAAGGUCAAGCCUGAUCCAUUCAAGGCUCACCCCCGACAGCUCCUCCGCCAGAACACAGCAACCCUCGUGCAAAAGCUCAACACUCAGCCACCUCUUUUCCCAUCAAACGGAUCCCGUCUCCCUCAAUCAACAUCAGUCUCCCCUACUCGCUCCGACGACCGCAGCAGCAGCAUGAGUGACAGCCGCUCAAAGUCCCCCCAUCGACGUCUCUCCAAGAUACCAUCUUCCGCCAAUCUCGCCGCGGAUGCCGGUUCUCCGACCCGUAAGACUGGCUCGAAGCAAUCCCCAUCCAAGCUCAACGCUGGUGGUGAUGAGAUGUACAAGGCUGUGAUGCAGCGCAACAUGGGUGGCCGUACCUUGGUUGAACUUGCCCAGGCUCGUGCUGGUGGCCGAUCAAUGGAUGAGGUCAAGCGAUGCGCUAGCGAUUCUCGUACAACAUCCAGCCUCAGGUGCUCUGAGCGCGAGCCUCCUGCGAUUUGGGAUCCUGAGCGCGAUGAGAUGCCCAGCCCCUUCCUAGCCCGAGGCAAGAAGAUCAUCCGCAACUUGAGAUAA